AUGAGCUCCGAGUCACCGAGAAAACUUGGUCAGAUGUUAGCAGCUUACUUCCCUGAGGAGGAUGGAAGCGUUACAUACAUCAGGUUCAAAAACAACGAACCUGGAAUUGCGUACCAAAUUCGCAAUUACAUGACCAUGGAAGAGUAA